AUGUCUCGAAUAGCCCCUCGACAAAUCGGCAAUGUCUGCCUUCGAUGCGCUUUCACACCAGCGCCGACAAUUGCCAACCAAGCAUUCAUCAGCGGAGCCCUUCUAGCCACUGUCCGCCAUGGACGAAGGUCAGUAAUUAGAGGGACGAGUGCACGAUGGGCUGCGACCUCUUCGACGUACCCAGACCUCAACAUCCAGGCUGCCGAUGCCGAGAAAGUUCCUAGACAAUUGACAGACCCGACACAAUUGGCCAACAUCGUGGAAAGCACAAAGAAGAAGUUUCUUGCGACGGAUGGUAUUCCGGCGAAGCAAUUGACGACUGCAGCUCUUGAGACAUGCCUCAAGGCUGCUCAGGCUCUUCAGCCCCAGAUUCACAGAGCUGAGGUUAAAUCAAGGGCAUCAACAUCUAAGCUUAUGGAAUUGGGAGCGGAGCGAACUGGACAAAGACCGAAUGCCAUGGAAGCGAGCCUUGCCGAAAGUGUCAAGAAGAUUUCAUACUCGGCGUACUCGAUUAUCUCGCAGCCCAAUGUCGAGAUCACACCGGCUUUCCUUGAGCUUUACGUGGCUAUUCAAUCCUCACUUGGUCGACCUGAAUCGCUUCCCGCUGUAUUCGAGAUGUUUGCCACCAAGAAGAAGCCUGUUGUCAAGAAUGGUGUAGUUCAGUAUGUGGGAUCAAAUCCCAACGCUGCCGUCAAGGCUAUUGAGAAGGACGUUGCGGACAUGGCUUUGCAGACUGCCAUUGAUGCCAAGCACCUCGACGCAGCACUUGGUAUUGUCGAGGCUUCGCUCAGUCUCCCCGCCUUCAAGCGUCAGAAGCUCAUCAAGAACGCUACCACUCCCGCCCUCGCCCUCAGUACCCUUCCCUUUGGCAUCUUUGGUCUCGCAUCCGCAUAUGCCGCCUACUGGCAGAACACAAUGGAUGUGUCGACGGCGACAGGUAUUGGUAUCGCCGGUAUUUCCGGAUACUUCCUGGUCGUAGGAUCGAUGGGCAUGAUUGCCAAGCUGAGUAACAAGGAUCAGAUGAAGCGUGUGACUUGGGCGCCAGGUACUCCUCUGCGAACCCGAUGGUUGAGAGAGGAGGAGCGAGCUGCGAUGGAUAAGAUUGCGUGUGCCUGGGGAUUCAAGGAACCUUGGAGGCACGGAGAGGAGUCUGGACCUGAGUGGGAGGGACUCAAGGAGUACAUGGGCUACCGCCAGAUGAUUCUUGAUCGUGUUGAAUUUAUGGAGGGCAUGAGCUAG